CAGAAGGGUUUGGUAAGGCCAGUAAAGAUGGCCAGUUCGAGACCACUACUCUCUAAGUCUGAUUCAGCUCAAAAACUUCCAUCUCUAGACGACUUGAUCGAACAAUACAUAGGAAACUUCGGAUGGGCUCAGUUCUUCCAAUCCUUCCUUCUCUCCAUGGCCUGGUUCUUCGAUGCCCAACAAACAUUCAUCACCAUCUUCUCCGAUAAACAACCUACAUGGCACUGCACCGAUCAACUCACUUGCAACUCCGAAUCUGACUUAUGCAACCUCUCAAACACUUCAUGGUCAUGGGACGACCCUAUUUACACCUCCACCGUAUCAGAAUGGAACCUUCAGUGUUCAAACUCAAUCAUCGCCGGCCUUCCCUCGUCGGCCUACUUCUUGGGUUGUGUGUUCGGAGGCCUCUUCUUGACAACAAUGGCGGACACGUCUCUGGGUCGAAAGAAAUUAUUGCUACUAUCAUGUUUAGCCAUGUCUAUAGCUUCGCUUUUGACUGUGUUGUCCACUAACAUUUGGGUCUACACAGUAUUGAGAUUCAUCACCGGUUGUGGCCGGUCGUCGGUCGGAGGUUGUGCUCUGGUUUUAGUAUCGGAGAUCAUCGGGAAACGGCACAGAGGCCAAGCGGGUACAAUUGGUUUUCUUUGGUUCACACUCGGUUUUCUUUCUUUACCUGGUAUAGCUUAUCUGAACCGAGGUCAUUCAUGGCGGACUAUAUAUCUAUUCACUUCCAUUCCUGGAAUUCUAUUCUGUGUACCAGUUUAUCUAUACGUUUGCGAAUCACCCAGAUGGCUUCUUAUGCAAGGACGCGAAGAAGAAGCUGUUGAGACAUUGAAAAAAAUGGCAACACCCAGCUGUGGAGUGAGAGAAUUGUCCUUUGCGAAAGGGAAGAGGGAAAUUGAGAGGAUUGAUUUCUUCUCUGCAAUCAAGAUGUUGUUGCAGAAGAGAUGGGCUGCUCAACGAUUACUCGCCGCCAUGGUAGUUGGUUUUGGAGUUGGCAUAGUUUACUUUGGCUUGCCACUGGGUAUUCAAAACUUAUCAGUUGAUCUCUAUCUGGGUGUAACCCUCAAUGCUUUAAUGGAGAUUCCGGCAGUCUUGGUCUCCCUUUUCUUCAUCGGAAAAUGGCAGAGAAAGACUUCAUUGCUUGUGUUCAACACCCUAAGUGGUGUCUGCAGUGUACUGUGUGCCCUGGUAAGUGAUCGGUGGGAGGUUCUCCGAUUAACUCUCGAGCUCUUAUCGUUUAUAGCUGCUUAUAUAGCCUUUGCGGUGUUGCUGAUAUUCACUUUGGAGUUGUUUCCGACGUGCGUUCGAAACUCCGCCUUGUCAAUUAUGAGGCAGGCGGUGACCAUCAGCGGCGUGAUAAGUCCUGCGCUAAUAGCUGCCGGAAAAAAUGUUGCUUUUAUGUCGUAUGGAGUGUUUGGAUUGAUGAUUGGUUUUUGUGGGCUUUUUGUGGUUUGUUUGCCGGAGACGAAGGAUGAUACUUUCUGUGAUACAAUGGAAGAGCAAGAGCAGAAGGAGAGUGGAGCGUCACUUAAUGGUGUGUAGCUGACUGUUUGCAAUCAUUGCAUGGAUGAUACUCUCAUCAACCUAGUAAUUGUUUUUUUUCUUUUUACAGAGUUUAUUAUUAUUAUUAUUAUUAUUAUUAUUAAUAACUUUGUAACUUCAAUGUACUUUCUUUUUUU